CCCCGCCCCCUCGGUGACGCCAUCCUGGCGCGCCGGGGCGCCCUGGCGGCGGCGGGCGGCGAUGGCGGCGGGGUCGGUGUGGAAGGGGCUGGUGGGGCUCGGCCUCUUCGCCCUGGCACACGCGGCCUUCUCGGCGGCGCAGCAUCGCUCGUACAUGAGGUUGACAGAAAAGGAGGAUGAAACGUUGCCCAUAGAUAUAGUCCUGCAGACUCUGCUGGCCUUUGCAGUCACCUGCUAUGGGAUAGCACACAUUGCAGGAGAGUUUAAAGACAUGGAUGCCACUUCAGAACUCAAAAAUAAGACAUUUGACACAUUAAGGAACCAUCCAUCUUUUUAUGUAUUUAAUCAUCGUGGUAGAGUGUUGUUCCAGUCCCCAGACACAGUGAAUUCUUCUUCAAACCAAGAUGCUUUGUCAUCCAGCUCGGCACUGAAAUUUCGGAAACUUGAACCUCUGCGCCGCUAAGACUUUUACAGAUGACACCAAUAACCCAGGACACUGAGAUGUAAUAUUCAAGUCGGGGAUGUAAACACUUUUUUAAUUUCUGGAGCAGUAUUUAUAUUGAUCUUCCAGACUUUAUAAAAUAUAUAUAUAUAUAAAUAUAUAUAUAUAAACUAA